AUGUAUGUGUCAGUUAAUAUCGUAGCUUUUGGAUAUGAAAGAGAUGGUUUUUCUGAGGACAACCAGCAGCCAAGUCUGAUCUGGAGCUAUCUCAGGAGAAGUGCUCUCAUUUCCCAGAUCGACAGCAGCUUGUCUGCCAGUCAUGUUGGAAACCCAGUUUUUACUGAGUACCAAGCCUGUGUGUUUGGAAAUGUCAGACUGGUGGUACACGACUGUCCUGUCUGGGACAUAUUUCACAGCGACUAUUACACCUCUUGCAGACUUAUUGGAGGAGCUGAUAUUAUCGUGAUUAAAUACUCUGUCAAUGACAAGACUUCAUUUCAAGAACUAAAGGACAGUUAUGUCCCAGUGGUAAAAAAAGCAUUAAAGCACAGCUCAGUUCCGGUAAUAAUUUCUGCUGUUGGUGCAAGAAAAAACGGAGUGCCUUGCACCUGUCCCCUGUGCACUUCAGACCGGAGGAGCUGUGUCACAACCUCUGAGGGAGUUCAGCUUGCGAAGGAAUUAGGAGCCACUUACCUCGAACUGCAUACUCUUAAUGACUUCUACAUACAGAAGUACUUUGGAGGAGUGCUGGAAUAUUUUAUGAUCCAAAGUUUGAAUCAGAAGUCAUCUGAAAAAAUGAAGAAAAGGAAAAAGUCAAAGAAGUGCCAUCGAGUCCAACCACCUCAGCUUGAACAGCCAGAAAAAAUGCCGAUCUUGAAGAGUGAAGCCUCUCACUACAAUGCAGACCUGCACAACCUGCUCUGCUGUUGCCAGUGCGCGGACGUGGCUUUCUACCCUGAAGACCUCAGCACAGUGGUGGAGGCUCACAAGGUCAUCCUCUGCUCUGUCAGCCACCUCUUCAUGCUGCUUUUCGAGGUCAAGAGCCCAGAUGACAUCCAUGACGCCUCCAUUGUGCAGAUGGCACGGAGCCUCUUUGUGGUGGAGGCAGAGCCUGCCUUGUCCCCAGCCCCCUGUGGCGUCCCACCCUGCAUCCCACCAGUCAGAGUGAUGGUGAAGGAUUCUGCCUUCUGCUCCUGUCUCCCAGACAUCCUCCACUUCAUUUAUUCAG